ACAUCACUUCCGGGGCGACAGGUUCAGGCUUUCUUGGCGCCUGGGAAAGGGCAGUUGACUGUCUUUGCUUCGGAAGGGAGACGAAUACUAGGUACUGUCGUUCAGGAGAAAGGAAUUAUCUAUACAGUAAAUAUGCUAAUAUUGACUAAGACAGCAGAAGUUUUUUCUAAACCAUCAAAAAGGAAACUUUAUGAAGUUUUAAGACAUUUUAAUUUUCAUCCUAGAAAAUUAUUUCUUCAUAAACUAGUAUUGGGAAUUGAAACCAGUUGUGAUGAUACAGCAGCUGCUGUAGUGGAUGAAACUGGAAAUGUUUUGGGAGAAGCAAUACAUUCCCAAACUGAAGUUCAUUUAAAAACAGGUGGGAUUAUUCCUCCAGUAGCUCAACAGCUUCACAGAGAAAAUAUUCAACGAAUAGUGCAAGAAGCUCUCUCUGCCAGUAACAUCUCUCCAAGUGAUCUCUCAGCAAUUGCAACUACUGUAAAACCAGGACUUGCAUUAAGCUUGGGAGUAGGAUUAUCAUUUAGCUUAAAACUAGUAGAUCAGUUUAGAAAGCCCUUCAUUCCCAUUCAUCAUAUGGAGGCUCACGCACUUACUAUUAGGUUAACAAAUAAAGUAGAAUUUCCUUUUUUAGUUCUUUUGAUUUCUGGAGGUCAUUGCUUAUUGGCAUUAGUUAGAGGAGUUUCAGAUUUUCUGCUUCUUGGGAAGUCUUUGGACAUAGCACCAGGUGACAUGCUUGACAAGGUAGCAAGAAGGCUUUCUUUAAUAAAACAUCCAGAGUGCUCCGCCAUGAGUGGUGGGAAGGCUAUAGAACAUUUGGCCAAACAGGGAAAUAAAUUGCAUUUUGAUUUCAAACCUCCUAUGCAACGUGCUAAAAAUUGUGAUUUUUCUUUUUCUGGACUUCAACACAUUGUUGAUAAGACGAUAAUGCAAAAGGAAAAAGAGGAAGGUAUUGAGAAGGGGCAGAUCCUGUCCUCAGCUGCAGACAUGGCUGCUGCAGUGCAGCACACAAUAGCUUGCCACAUUGCAAAAAGAACACAUCGUGCUAUUCUGUUUUGCAAGCAGAGAGACUUGUUAUGUCAAAGUAAUGCAGUACUGGUUGUAUCUGGAGGUGUUGCAAGUAACUUAUAUAUCCGAAAAGCUUUAGAAAUUGUAACAGAUGCAACUCAGUGCACUUUGUUGUGCCCUCCUCCUAGACUGUGCACUGACAAUGGCAUUAUGAUUGCAUGGAAUGGUGUUGAAAGAUUGCGUGCUGGCUUGGGCAUUUUACACAAUACAGAAGGCAUCCGCUAUGAACCAAAAUGUCCUCUUGGAGUAGAUAUAUCAAAAGAAGUUGGAGAGGCUGCCAUAAAAGUACCACGAUUAAAAAUGAAGAUCUGAUUUUUGCUUUUCAAAAAAUCUCUAUAAGUAGUAAUAAAGUUUUUUUAUAUAUAUCAAA